AUGCCUGCAUCCGUCGAGGUGGCAGCGCCGCAAAGCAUCGACAUCAUGAUGCCCAAGAAGCGUCAGCAAGGCUUCGAACCCGGUGCGAUUGGGGGCAUCUCUGCUCCCGGUGUCGGCCCGACUGCCACCCCCCCUUCCGUGACCGGAUCGCAAUCCGCGCACAACAUUCACUCAUCCGGUGCAAGUUUUGGCGCUAACAGCUUUUUUGGUCCCUUUGGCUCCAAUGGCCUUCCUAGUAGCUUCAUUGACACAGACAUCCUUCUUAAUGACGACCUGUGGAAUCAGUUCUCGCCCGCUACCACACACAAUUCUUCCGCCGGGACGGACACCACCGGGCAACAACAACCGACGGCGCUCGACAUCAACGCGAAAACCGACAGUCCCAACGACCAAGCUUAUGGCGAGUCGUACGUCAACAUCCCUCACUCGAGCUCAUUCGACAUGUUUGGGCUCCAGUCUCGCACGUUUGGGAGCGCGCGACCCACGCACGAUGCUUUGAGCCGUCUUAGCAAGGACGCCUCCUCCAUGGACGAUGCAGACUCCCCCGACGGAUCCACUGGCGAGACGACCUCGACCAUCGCUACCAGCGUCAUCUCGCCUAGCUCUGUAGGCACUACCGUUGGCAGCCUUCCGAAGGGCACGGGCGCUAAUCGUCACCAUCGCUCGACAAGCAAUGCGUCGUCGACUAAUCGAUCUAAAACGGCCCGCAGCUUGAGUCGAAGUCGCACCCGCGCCGCUGCAUCGGAACGACGUACCGCAGACCGCUCUCCCUCUCUCGAAAGGGGAGGCGUUGGAAAGGCGCCGUCCUCACGAGCUCGAGUCAGCCGAAGAGCAACGGUAGGACCCGCGGCACUCGCUGGCAACCUACAGUCCAAUGCAAAUCCUCCAGCUCCCACACGGUCAUCCUCGUCUACCGCUGCGAGCAACGGAACCAUGGGGCUGUCCUCCAGCUUUCAAGCGCAGACCCAUCGCUGGAGUUUGUAUGGGACUCAAGAUGCUUCCAAUGGCAGCAGUUCGCAGCUCAACUUCAAUCGACCACCAUCUUGGAAUGCGCAGGGACAGUCGGGCACCACUUCGGCUUCUUCGUCGUUGCCCACGCCGCUUAAUUUCCAUACAAGUAUGGCACACUUGAACUUGCAGACCCCGCCCGUGCACCAUCUCCCGAACCGGCUUCACGAAGACGCCAGCUCCAGUCAGAGCUUCAACCCAUUCCUGUUUCCGCCGUACACGCAGCCAAAUAGCCGGUCCGAUCCCACGGGCCUGGACAACUUGGCACAUCAGCCGUCCGAUCUUCAAGCACAAGGUAGUAUUCACGUAUCUGAGAGAUCCAGCGAAACACCCGAGAUCAGGGAAUUGAAGGCGACGACCGCUACCAAGGCGCGACGACCCAGCAAGACGGCCUCACAAGCUUCGCGGGAUAGCCUUGCCAAGGAAAUCAAAGAAGAAGCUGCCAAACAUGACCUCAAGAAAGUCAGCUCCGAGGAGCCGCAACAGGGCGAGGAUGACGACGAAGAUGAUGGCAUUGAUGAUGAGGACGAGCAUCUCUCUGGUCCUACUGGCGGCAAGAGCGAGGCAGAGGCCAAGAGACUGGCGGAGAAGCGCCGCAAACGUCGCGAAUCGCACAACGCCGUCGAGCGUCGCAGGAGAGACAAUAUCAACGAGAAGAUCACCGAGUUGGCCACGUUGCUGCCGGAGGCAAUGCUCCUCGACGCCAUUGCUACUUCCACUCAGGGCGGGAACAGCGGAACGUUUGCACCUGCUUUGGCUGCCAAGGCUGCGCUGGCGGCGGCCGCUGCGGCUGCAGCCAAAGGCGACACCGUGCCAGACAGCUCUGAGGGCCAGCCCAACUUGCCCAAAUCGUCAACAGAGGCAUACGCCGCGGCACUGGCUCCUGUGCACGCCAAUAGCGCAGCUCUGGCAGCAGCACAAGCCAAGCCAAACAAGGGUAUCAUCUUGCGCAAGAGUGUUGAGUACAUAAGGCAUCUGCAGCAGUUCCUCGAUAUGCAGAUGGGUCGCAUCGGUUUCCUCGAGGCAGAGCUUGCCCGGUCGCACCAAGCACUCGCUGCAUCAGGUAUGCAGGCGCCCCCCACUACGGAUCCGCAGCAGGGCCUCGGCAUGAUGCAUGCAUUUUUCAGUCAGAGUGGCGCCGGCACCGGCACCGGCGACGAGGGAUUGUUUGGUGAUCACACCCAACCGCAACAACAACAACAACAACAACAACAACAGCAGCAGCAGCAGCACCAGCAUCAUGCACAUGGUCAGCCGUUUCUGCAACAGCCUUUGCAAGACUUCAGCGCCAUGAAUCUGCUCAGCCUGGGCAUGCCAAUGGAUCAAACAAGUCAAGCGCAGCCGAUGCAGCAGAGCAACCUUGGAAGCAACCUUGGCAUGUCGCAUUCGGGCUCUGGUGCGCACGAUUCUAUCAACAGCGCGCCAGCCCUCGCUGCAUGGCUGGAAGGCUUCGAUCAGCGCACGGGGCUUCCCCGCCGUUCGUCAGUCGAUCCGAUCGAGGAGGAAGAGCACGAGAGCGGUCAGGAGGAUAAGGAGCUGAGCCGUCGUGGGCAGAAUCAGAGCUCACGUCACGCGCAUGAUGCACAUGACGAGCACUGGCGAGGGCGCCCACGUCACAAGAUCGGCCGCAGCCGAGCUCAGGUGCAGGAAGGAAGCUGGCCGGAGCUGCAGUCUUCCGAAGCUCAGUCUCCGAUGCAGCUCGUCUCGGGAGAGGAUGGUGCGCGUCCAGCGUCGUUUGCUGAUAUCGGCGAAAUGAAGCUCGAUAUGUGA